AUGGGAUUUAUUAAAUUUUAUAAAACUCGUUUAAGUCCAAUUGUUACUAUAACUGCUAUUCUCGUUGGUAUUCAUAUAUCUUGGUGGUCAAUUCAACAAAAUCCAGCACUUGUUGCACCUUCUCAACGUCGUCAUCAUUUAUUAGGAUUUCGUAUUCCUUAUUUAUCGCCACCUGUUAUUCGUACGAGACGAAUAUUUGCACCUAGUGGAGGUUCGAUUUCACUAACAACAGCUACGAUUCUUGUUGCUACAUUGUCUGCAUAUUUUUAUUUCUUAGUACCACUUGAAUAUAUUAGACCUGAUAUAAUCGGUUGGAAUCGUACAGCUCGUGCUCGAGAAGCACUUACUAAAACACAAGACAAAAGACAAUAA